AUGAAUCUAGAACAACUAAUUCAUGUGCAAGAUUCAACAAGACAUGUCCUUAAUUCUUGUUUCCCACUUUCUGUAAUACCGAGAAAUUUCAUUCCUGAACAGAAAACUAAGAAAUUGGAAAAAAAGCCUAAUGCAUAUAGGGUAUAUUCACAUGUUUUCACAAAGGCGAUGCAAAUGCAUGACAUAUCUUUACCUCACCCACAACAAGAACAUGUACUAAGAUUAAUUAUUAAUCGUGCAUGGCGAAAUGAAAGCGUUUAUACCAAAGAAAUAUGUCGAAAUAUUUCUGAUGAGGCAUACAAAGAAUUGCAGUCCAACCCUUCUUUCUUAAUUUAA